CGUUCUUUUCUGCCUUAUCGCUCUCUUCCGAGAGCCAACCGAUUCCCAGUGGCAUUUUCGUAAAUAAUCCAAAGCCAUGGGGAUUCAAAGCGACGACGUCGUUAUCAUCCAGCCGGGGAAGAACCCCGGCGACCCGACCGUCGUGACAGUCAAUUGUCCCGACGAGCCGGGACUCGGCUGCGACCUCUGCAGAGUCGUGCUUCAGUUCGGGCUCUGCAUUAGCAAAGGAGAUUUCACGACGGAUGGGAAGUGGUGCUACAUAGUGUUGUGGGUGGUGCAGAAUGAGAGCUGGAUGAAGGUGGAUUGGGACAGCUUGAAGGAGAGGCUUGUGUCGGCGUGUCCGUCUUCGUGUUUCUAUAAGGUUUAUCUGAAUAUUCAGUCUAGUGCUCCAUCGCCGUCUCCGGUGUAUCUUUUGAAGUGUUGGUGCUUUGACCAGAGGGGAGCUCUGCAUGAUAUUACUAAGGUGCUGUGUGAGCUUGAGAUUCUGAUUCAGAGGGUGAAAGUGAUGCUGACUCCGGAUGGGAGGGUUUUGGACCUCUUCUUCAUCACUGAUUGCUUAGAUUUGCUACACACAAAGCAGAGGAGAGAUGACAUAUGUGAGCAUCUGAUGUCUGCCCUAGGAGAAUACUGUAUCACAUGUGAGGUUCAGUUGGCAGGGCCUGAAUAUGAAAGUGUGCAGGGAAAUUAUUCUCUUCCAUCAGCUGUUGCUGAAGAAUUAUUUAGCCAUCAGCCAACAGAUGACAAAGCUUCUUCAAAAGCUCUCACCCCGGGUCUGGCAACCUCGAAAAGCACAAGUAUUACAGUGGAUAAUACACUGAGCCCUGUUCAUACAUUGCUGCAAAUACAAUGUGUAGAUCAAAAAGGACUCUUUUAUGACAUACUAAGGACUUCCAAGGAUUGCAACAUUCAGAUCGCAUAUGGUAGAUUCUCUUCUACUGUCAAAGGCAUCCGAAACGUGGAACUGUUUAUUCAGCAUACGAAUGGGAAAAAGAUUUUAGAUCCUGAAAGACAGGUUGCAUUGUGUUCUCGGUUGAAGGAAGAGAUGCUAAAUCCACUGAGAGUGAUUGUUACCAACAAAGGUCCUGAUACUGAACUCCUAGUGGCAAAUCCGGUUGAGUUAUCUGGAAAAGGACGGCCCCUCGUCUUUCAUGAUGUUACUCUUGCACUGAAAAAGUUGGGAUUAUCCAUUUUCUUGGCUGAAAUUGUAAGGCAUGAGACUCAUGAUUGCCAGUGGGAAGUAUAUAGGUUUCUUUUGGAUGAUAGCUGUGAAUUUCCUUUGGGGAGCAGAGAAGCUAGAGAUAAGAUCGAAGAAAGAGUUAGAAGAACACUGAUGGGAUGGUGAACUGUUACAUCUGCUGCUCUUUUGAUAGUUUGCAGUUGCCAUCCAUAUAGUUUGGCUUACAGCAAUUCUCUCAUCGAAAUGAUUGUAGUUAUGUGUAGUAAAUUAGUAAUGGCAUGUAGAAUCUACAGGCUAAUUAAGCAGGGGAAAGUCCAUAGUUGUGUGCUAAGACACUUCUGUGAGACUGCA